UGAAACCACCCAACACUGGACAAGGACCUGUGAGGACUUAGGGAUCCCAGAUGAUCAGCCGGAAUGUGAGGAGAUGGAUCAGGCUUGGGGCCACACGCUAGACUAGAGGGUGAAGACACUGAAUCUUUAGGAACAGACGAGUCCCCGUAUUGUGGAUUGUCAUGAAAUGAUCCAUCCACUGUCAUUCUCGUUCUAAACUGCUAUAUUAACAAACUGCUCACCUCCGGAUCUUGGCUCAAAUCACAAAGACUGCGCUCCGCAGACCUGAUAAGCUGACGGACAAAAUCCAUACGUGGAAAAUCAGAGCUCACCAAUCCAGCCAUGAGCGAGGAAAUGGAGAUAACAGAGGACAAAGACUGGAGAGAACUUGAACCAAAUUACUCCAUCAAAGUCUUCCUGACGAUCUUUUACAGCCUAAUCCUGGUGACGGGUAUCGUGGGCAAUUCAGUCACGAUAAGAGUGACGCAAGUGCUGAAGCGAAAUGGCUACCUGCAAAAAAAUGUGACAGACCACAUGGUCAGUCUUGCAUGCUCUGACUUGUUGGUGCUCCUCAUAGGCAUGCCAGUAGAGCUCUACAGUGCCAUCUGGUUCCCAUUCACAUCUUCAUCGGGCAACGCUUCCUGUAAGAUCUACAACUUCUUGUUUGAGGCUUGCAGCUAUGCCACCAUCCUCAACGUAGCCACUCUGAGCUUUGAGCGCUACGUGGCUAUCUGCCACCCUUUUCGCUUCAAAGCCCUGGGUGGGAAACGUACCUCUGCCCUAAUUACCUUUGCCUGGCUGGUGUCCGUGCUUGUGGCCCUGCCAUUGCUGGUUGCUACGGGAACGCAGGGCCACAUUCCCUUCCGAGCAGAUGCACCCGUCCAGAAUCUGACUUUCUGCACCAAUCUGAAGGAGCGCUGGGUGAUGUACAGGGUCAGCAUCUUUGUAGCGUUCAUCGUCUACAUAAUCGUAUUGAUCUGCGUGGCCGUCAUGUGCCGAGCCAUGAUCCUGGUUCUGCAGAGACCUAUGGGUUCGUUGGAUGGAGCAAACAACGGAACUCACAGUGCACCCAAGCAUGAAAGUGCAAAGAUCAAGAUGGCGAGGAAGCAAACCAUCCUUUUUCUUGGUCUCAUCGUGGGAUCCUUGAUGGUGUGCUGGCUGCCCAACCAGAUACGUCGUCUCAUGGUGGCUGCUGUGCCCAAGUCCCGCUGGACGACUUCCUUCUUCCGGAGCUACGUCACUCUUCACCCUGUCGGUGACUCCUUCUUCUACCUCAGCUCUGUGCUGAACCCUUUCCUGUACAACCUAUCGUCCAGGCAAUUCAGGGAGGUCUUUGUCCAGGUGCUGAAGUGCCACCUCACCAUCCAACAUGUGAACAAGCGCACCUUGCAGACUUCCCACGCUGCGUCUGCGCGCUCCCUGCGGCCCCUGCUGAUGAAGUCAUUCCGUCGAAGCAGGGCAAACCGCACCACCCGUGGACAGGAAGAAAGUCCUCACACCUUUACAACCUUCCAGAAGCCCAGUGACGUAGGAGAUACUGCCACGUCAGACGCUCCGACAUCAGAUACUCAGACGUCAGAUACUCAGGUGUCCCUCAGCUUGACUGAACACUCAGAUUCAGUUCUCAAAAUAAAGACAGAUGAACCAUCAGAGACCGAAAUAUAAUCUGCUGU